AGCUGUAAACAAAAACAAUUGAACUUUCACCGGUCUCCCAAUGCGCACGGGGGCGCCCGCGCCCCGCGUCAGUCUGCCGGCGGAGCCCAACCGGCGCGCACGUCCCGCGUCCUAGCUCCCGCGAACUUCGCGAGUGUCGUGAACCUACGUACCAUGCUCGCCCGUGCGCUGGCUGUGCUAGCCGCCGCGGCGCUCGCGCUCGCCGCCCCCGACCCGUGCUACGAGGACGGCCGCCCGCGCCGAUGCAUCCCCGACUUCGUUAAUGCCGCCUUUGGAGCCCCUGUCGCCGCUUCCUCCAUCUGCGGCCGCCGAGGCCCCGAGCGCCUCUGCGACCCUCCAGGAGAUGAUGAACCCGAGAACGCUUGCAGAGUCUGCGAUGCUACCCGCUCCGAUCGCCGCAACCCACCCACUCAUCUAACUGACUUAAACAACCCUUCUAACGUUACCUGCUGGCGUUCGGCCGCCCUAGCCCCUGUCUCCUACGAAUCCCCUCCCGAUAACGUCUCUCUAACCCUAUCUCUGGGCAAGAAAUACGAGUUGACAUACGUGAGCCUCCAGUUCUGCCCGAAAGCUGCACGACCGGAUUCCGUAGCGAUCUACAAGAGCGCGGAUUAUGGAAUGACCUGGCAACCGUUUCAAUUCUACUCAAGCCAAUGCCGUCGUGUUUAUGGCAGGCCUAAUAAAGCUUCAGUGACAUCUGCUAAUGAGCAAGAAGCUAGAUGCUCAGAUUCCCAUAGGAUGGCCGGUGAGAGCGCAAGCGGAUCUCGGCUAGCCUUUUCAACUUUGGAAGGCCGUCCCAGCGCUCCGAACUUCGACAUAUCGCCUGUGCUACAAGACUGGGUGACUGCUACUGAUGUGCGUGUAGUGUUUAACCGUUUGCACAUGGUGACUGAGGGUGACGAGGUGGAUUACAAAAAGCAGGCAGCUGGUGGGACGCAGCACUACGCUGUGUCGGAUUUCGCUGUUGGUGGACGGUGCAAGUGCAACGGGCAUGCUUCUCGAUGUGUUCCGAUGAAGGGGGAGGAAGGUCAGCAGCAGCUGGCGUGUGACUGUCGUCAUAACACGGCAGGCCGGGACUGCGAGAGGUGCAAGCCGUUCCAUUUCGACAGGCCGUGGGGGCGAGCGACGGCGAGGGACGCCAAUGAAUGCAAAGAAUGCAACUGCAACGGCCACGCCCGCCGCUGCCGUUUCAACAUGGAGCUAUACAAGCUGUCGGGCCGCGCCAGCGGCGGUGUCUGCCUCAAAUGCAGGCACUUCACUGCCGGGAGACAUUGCCAUUACUGCCGCGAGGGGUACUACAGGGACCCUACUAAACCCAUUACGCACAAGAAGGCUUGCAAACCAUGCGACUGCCAUCCAGUGGGAGCGAGCGGCAAGACCUGCAACCAGACGAGCGGGCAAUGCCCGUGCAAGGACGGCGUGACGGGCACCACGUGCAACCGCUGCGCCAAGGGCUACCAGCAGUCCAGGAGCCACAUCGCGCCGUGCAUACGUAUCCCUCGAGUGGUGACAGCAGUACAGGCCAUGGAGGCAGUCGACGGGGAGCCGGCGCGCGCGGCGGAUCAGUGCGGCCGGUGCCGCGCCGGCGCACGCACGCUAAACCUCAACAAGUUCUGCAGCCGAGACUACGUCAUAAUGGGCAAGGUGGUCGGGCGCGAGGCGAGCGCGCCGGGCGACGAAUGGGCGCGGCUGCAGCUCAGCGUGCAGGCGGUGUACAAGCGCGGCCCGCGGAGCCGUCUGCGGCGCGGCGCCGCGCCGCUCUACGUGCGCGCCAGGGACCUCGCAUGCAAGUGCCCGAAGCUCAAGAUUAACAAGUCAUACCUAAUCCUAGGAGUGGAAAAGGAAGGAGCCUCAUCAGGAAUGCCAGGGCUGACGGUCGGCGAUCGGACCCUGCUGCUGGAAUGGCGCGACGACUGGCACCGGCGCAUCCGACGUCUCCAGCGCCGGGCUAUCAACUGCCACUAAUGUUGCAAAUGUGGCCAACUUCAGGUCUCGUAGAACCUUGAACAGCGAAAAUGUCGAAUCAAUAGCGGUGCGCGGCCGCCAUUUUGUAAAGCAUUCGCGACGCCAUCUUGGCGACGACUGUAAUAACUUGUUUGACGUUUAGUGGUAAGUAUUGUCCGAUUGUAGUUUAUUGCCACUACCCUGUUUUGCGUAGUAACUUUUAAUAUUCGCCAGUUUUUACUCAUAAUUUUUAAUACCAAAAAUAUCUUAAAUCGUCUUUUCUACUUCCUAGGGUUACGUUAUAAAAAUGUACAUUAAAAGAUUUAUUUAUUUAACAAAUUUAAGAUAGGGCUACCGAUUGUUUCGUUCCACUUGCAUUUUUGUAUAAUUGUUACUUAUGGAAUGCAUGUUAUUAUAAUGUAAGUACAACUAACGGCGUCGGAUUUACCAUGUUGAUGGAAUCGUGGUAAAUACAUAAAAUACUGAAUUUUCAUAGAUCUGACACGGUGACAGAUUAUCCCUAUGUUUUGUACAAGGGAAAGUGUCAUUAAGGCCACCGAGUCAAGAAAAAUCAUAAAAAUGAGGUGUUCGUAUGUUAAUGAUAUCAGUACUUAUCGAUUGACAAGAUUUGUUGAUGUCUUCUCGUUCUGGCCUAACUUAAUUUCUUAUGUCGUGUCGAUUGUACAAGUUAGAUUUAGGUCACUCACGCGAUAGUCACAAUGGUUUAUAUACCUCAUUUAUUAAUAUAGACUUAUAUCGUUAAGGGUUACAUAUUUAAUUUAUGAUAGCUUAGAUUUUCUACUUGCGCAACUUAUUAUGAAAAUCGUGUUCGAUUAUGAAAACCAAUGGGCUCGUUUUAACUGGGUGAUAUCGGGUUUGAAUGAAUUAAAUGCUUGAUAACCUUAUCAGUUUUAAAAUACGAACUCAAUUCAACUAGCUACCUUAUUCUUGCGUAGAAAGUGACCAAAGUCAUGUGAAUAUUUUAAACUAAUCAGCCAAAUCGCA